UAUGUUGUUGAUUAGCUUUAAUGUUUACUUAUUUUUUGAUUAAAUAAUGCGUGUUAAUUUUUUGCUUCGGCUUCAAAGCACCGCGCUCCAAAGACGCAGUGUUCAACAGCAAUAUGUGCCACAGCACAAGCCAGUGUUCGACGAUGACAUCAAACGGUUGGAAGAUUUUUUGCUUUCGAAGCCCAACAUUUUGGUUCUCACUGGUGCGGGCAUCUCAACAGAAUCAGGCAUACCCGAUUACCGUUCAGAAGGUGUUGGCCUUUAUGCUCGCACCAACCAUAAACCCAUCCAGCACAUAGAGUUUCUAAAUUCAGCGAACGUGCGCAAACGUUAUUGGGCUCGUAAUUUUGUUGGCUGGCCAAAUUUUUCUGCUACCCAGCCCAAUGGCACACAUCAUGCGCUUGCACGAUUUGAACGCGAAAUGCGUGUCCAGUCAGUGGUCACACAAAAUGUGGACCGGCUGCACACAAAAGCGGGUAGUAAGAAUGUUGUAGAGCUUCAUGGGAGUGGAUAUGUGGUCAAGUGCCUUAGCUGCGAUUACCGCAUCGAUCGCCAUGAGUUUCAAAACAUACUCUCUUCAUUGAAUCCAGCAUUCAAGGAUGCUCCUGCCAUGAUACGACCAGACGGUGAUGUUGAUAUACCACAAGAAUAUAUCGACAAUUUUCAAAUACCUCCGUGCCCCCAGUGCAGCAACAACCUGAAGCCAGAGAUUGUGUUCUUCGGAGAUAGCGUUCCCAAAGAGCGCGUUGAUCUUAUUGCCAAAAUGGUAUACGACAGCGAUGGGCUGUUGGUCCUUGGCUCCAGUUUGCUAGUGUUCUCGGGCUAUCGCAUAGUUUUGCAGACGAAGGACCUGAAGCUGCCGGUGGCGAUUGUAAAUAUUGGAGAGACACGUGCGGAUCACUUGGCAGAUAUCAAAAUCUCUGCAAAGUGUGGCGAUGUGAUACCGAAACUCUUCGACUUCAGAAAGAACUCAAAAACAACAGCAUAGCUUUUAACUCAAAUGAUAUACAUAGUAUAAUACAUAUUGUUGACAUUUUUUAAUGAUAAUACUUUUCUAUGAA